AUGCCUGGAACAAUGAAGCUCGCCACGUAUCUGUUCAAGCGUCUGCAGCAGCUGGGCGUCGACUCCGUCCAUGGCGUGCCCGGCGACUUCAACCUUACCCUGCUUGACUACGUCGAGCCAGCCGGCUUGCGAUGGGUUGGAAGCGCCAAUGAGCUCAACGCGGGAUAUGCGGCAGACGGGUAUUCCAGGAUCAAGGGCAUCGGCGCCAUUGUCACCACCUUUGGUGUCGGCGAGCUGUCCGCCAUCAACGCCAUUGCGGGUGCGUUUGCAGAGAGAGCGCCUGUGGUUCAUAUUGUUGGCGUUCCCAGCAGACCUAUGCAGGAGGAUCGUAUCCUUGUUCACCACACCAUGAAGGAUGGAGAUUUCUCGCGAUUUGGACAGGCACAGGCUCUCUUCACCGUGGCCCAGGCUCGUCUGUGGGACCCCAGAACCAGCGCUGAGCAGAUUGACGAAGCUCUGAGACAAUGUCUGCACCACAGCCGCCCCGUCUACAUCGAGGUGCCCGUCGACAUGGUAUCUGCGCAGGUUUCGGAAGAAAGACUGGCGCAGCCCCUGCAGAUGAUUUCGCCUGAGCCCACCAGGAACCAGGACCGCCUGAUUGGCAAAGUUCUCGACAAGAUCCAUUCCGCCAAAAAGCCCGUCAUUCUCCUGGAUGGCGAGAGCAGAGGUAUCGGCAUUGUCAAGGAUGUGCAGGAUUUCUCAAAGGCCACGGGCUGGCCUAGCUAUGUCACUGGAUUCGCCAAGGGUCUGUUGGACGAGACGGAGCCAAAUUUCCACGGCAUCUACAAGGGAAGGUUUGGCGAGGCGGCAGCGGAGACGUUCUUCAAAGAGGCCGACUUGAUUCUCUGCUUCGGUCCCCAUUUCAGCACGACAAACUCGUACGGCAACGCUGCUCUCCCCAACACAGCCACCACCAUCUCCUUCAGCCACAACGAGACCAUGUUCCAGGGCGAGCUGAUUCGCGACACGCCGGCGAAACAUCUCGUUCCCAAGAUUAUUCAAGGCGUGGAUGCAACCAAGGCCAAGAGCGUCUACACCACAUACCCGGAUCUCCCGAGAGAUUCCCUUCUCCCCUUUUCAGAAGUUCCUGCUGAUGCUCCUCUCGCGCAAGACCGCUUGUGGAAUGUGGUUGGCAACUUUCUUCGCCCGGGUGAUAUCCUCAUGGGCGAAACCGGUACAUCUAGCUAUGGCUCGCGCAUCGUGCCGCUGCCAAAGCACUCUCGCUACUUUACCCACGUAACAUGGCUCUCCAUCGGUUACAUGCUGCCUGCCGCCCAAGGUGCCGCCAUGGCUACUGAGGAAUUAAUCAAGGCAUCCAAGUUCCACCAGGAUGUCAAGGAGUCGCGAACCAUUCUCUUCAUUGGAGACGGAAGUUUCCAGAUGACAACACAGGAGCUGGCGACCAUCAUUAGACACAACCUCAACGUUAUUGUUGUACUCGUCAACAACGAUGGGUACACCGUGGAGCGCUGCAUCCAUGGCAAGGAUGAGACGUACAAUGGCAUCUCGCCGUGGAACUACCUCAAGGCACCUGCGCUUUUCGGUGCCGGUGACGACGCUUACACGGCGACGGCUCGAACGUACGGCGAGCUUGAAAAGGUGUUCAACGACGAGAAGCUCAAGGACGGCCGGGGUCUGCGCAUGGUUGAGAUUUUCCUGGAUCGCGACGACGCACCCAAGGGUCCUCUAUUUGACUACAUGGAAGUUCAAAAGGCAGGUAAUGGCAUUCUUGCUGAAAAGGAAGAGCUGGCUUAG